AUGUGGGGUACGAGUAAUCAAUAUUUUGGUAGAGUUAUGAAACCGCCGUAUUCACUGGUGCCGUAUGCUAAUGUAACAAAAAGAAUUGGUAUGGAUAAUGAUUAUGAUUAUUAUCGUACCAGAUUACUGAUGGAUUGGGAUGGAAACUUCAGGGAAUGCAUAUUACCGAAUAAUACUUUAUGGGGUGUUUCUACAGUUACUAAUACAACUCUUAGUAUUGUAACCACUAGUUUAACGAGAUUUAGCUCUGAUAAUGGAUACGGAAAUCCUAAAAUAAGCAGCUCAACCCCAGGAAUUAACGCUACUGUUCCCAAUGCCCUAACCAAUAUCACUUUGAGGUUCAUAACAUCUGUCGUACUAUCGACUGGUAAUAUCUCAAUCUACCAAACAGGCAUAAAUGGAGAAGAUUUAUUACGUCAAACAAUUUACGGAUUAUCUGAAUUGGCGUCAACGACAGAUAACGCAUCUAGUGUCUUAUUCAAAUUUUGGAGUACAUUUAACCAGCCAGGGGCUAGUUACUAUGUGUUAAUGGAUAAUAAUUUUGUGAAAACUAAGCAACUUGAUGAGCCGAUUCGUGGGAUUGAGAAGAAUGAGUAUUGGUUAUACAGUGAUAAUUACGCUGACAGUUAUUCAGAUGGAACAACCUGUCUACUUCGAUUAACUCGCGAAGAAAUCAGCAAUGAAUUAUCCCGAAUCACGCCAAUUGAAGCGAAUCGUCUCAGCACCUCAAAACGCUGGCAGAAUGACGCUAAGACACAACAAGUUCUCAUGGAAUUUAAGCUUAUACACCAAUAUCAUUAUCAAAUUCUUGAGACUUAUGGAUUUAUGCCUGCAACAAAUUUAUGGGAAAAGUACAAAUAUCAACUUAUUUAUGUGUGUGGUGGAAUAGUACUUGUAUGCACGGCAUUUUUGAUUGCCUGUUUUCUGUAUCCAGAAUAUUCUCAUCCUUUGCCUCUCAGUGACAUUCAAUGGAAUCUUAGCAUUCCUAAACAACGAGAAACCGCGCAAAACCAUGAAUUCUCAAAAUGGUUAAACACGAAUACGCAUAUGACUACAAUUGUCGCUAUUGUCAGUGAUGCUGAUAUCGAUGCAUUGAGAAUAAUUGGGUCACAAUUCGUUGGACUAAAGAUUUUUAGUGCCCCGUUUUCAAUGUACAAGUAA